UAACGAGCAAGAGAAUGGUGAGGAUGUGUGCCGCCGUGACCCUCUGCGACUAUUUUUAACCACGUGAAAAGGGAAACAAGUUGGAAAUAAUUAACUCGUGUCCACUUGUAAAUAAGAUAAACGCAACGAGGGGAUUAACAAUAAUACAACUGUGGAUAUGAACGCAAGGCGAAGGGAUUUAUGAGAAGCUUACGGUACUGAAACCUUCGCUCACUGACAGGAUUGAGAGAGGAGAGAAGAGAGAGAAAAAAAUACCCUGACGAGAUAUCAACAAAACAAGUGCAUGGACGUUGAAAAGUUAAUAAGUGCGGCAAAGUGGCGGGGGGAGAUCUAAAGAAGAGGAAUGUGUGAUGGGAAUUAUUUUAGGCUUGUGGACCACCUAGUCUCCCGCCAUGAUCGCGAGGGGCCCCGGGAGGCUCCUGCUGCUCCCCCUCGCCGCCCUCCUCGCCACAGGUGUGUGUCAGGGUGGGGCGGCGAGGUUCUACACAACCAACACCCUGACGGAGGCUGAACCGCGCGUAGGCGGGGACUACGACGCGCUCCUCGACCAGGUGAGCGGGGACUUCGGCGUCAGGUCAGAGGUGCUGGAGGCGGCGGGGCAGGAGCCAGAGUACCGGGGGGCGGACACAAUGGUGGUGCCUCUGUACAUCCCCAAGGGCGCCGUGCCAAUCAAGGUGGCUCGCAUCGCUCGCUCUGACUCCCGCGACCCUGUGCUGGAGGUGGUGGACCUGACCAUGUCCCCCGCGGCUGAUUCCGUCCUCAUACGAAGGAUAGGACCCGUGGACAGGCGAAGGGCAGCAUCGCCACCUAGCAGAGCUGCCUGGAGACCGCCGCAGAGGACGAGGAUAACGAGAUUGACUCCUGUCAGACGUUCGGACUCUCCUCGUCGACGCGUUCCCUUGCCCUCCUCCCCGUCCUUGCCCUCCUUGCCCUCCUCGUCCUCGUCCUCGUCCUCGUCUCCCUCCCCGCCCUCACCUCGAUCCCCGCCCCUGCAGUCUGAGUUCGGGAAAAGACUGCCUGUGUCUGAGGGCGGCCCCAUAGACACUCUGGGGCAUGACACAGACACCGCCACCAAAAGGGCGAAGAAGAAUGAGUUGAGUAAAGACUCACAGUUUCCUGAUGAGCUGCACACCACGACAUUUCCCACCACCACUGCCGCCGCCGCCGCCGCCUCCUCGCCUCCACCGCCUCCAGAUCCCAAAGGCGGAGAGAUUAAAGCCACAACUCGUAGAUUCUCCACUCAUUUAACCUCCACCACUACCACUACCACCGAGCCCCCAUCAACUACCACUUCAUCCACUACUACCACCACACCCACCACCACCACUACGAAGUCUCCACCACCGACCACCACUAGUACUUCCACAACACCACCACCUACCACGGAGAAAAGCACGACUACCACCACCACCACCACACCUACAUCCACCACCACUACCACAGACUUCACCGCACAGAAGACCUCCUCCUCCACCUCCUCCACCACAGAGCGCCGUUCCAUUAUCUUCCCUCGGCCAGUGGAGAGUGUGCUGAACGGCAGAGGUAAAAGCACAACACCCACCACCACCACCACCACCACAACCUCUACCACCACCACCACUACCCCCACCACCACUACCCCCACCACCACCACCACACCCUCCACCACCACCACCAAGACAGUGACAAGUGGGCGGAGUUUCCCUGUACCAGUGCGGAACCUGCCAGCGUGGGUGAUGAGGCCCAGGACACCACCGCCACAGCCGCCACCACCACUGCCACCGCGACGCAAGUCUACCACCACCACCACUACCACCACCACCACCACCACCACCACCACCACGACGGAGAGACCGCUUAGAGUCAGAGAUAAACUGAGACGGUUGAGCAGACUUCGAGGUGGCAUUAAUAAGGAGCCGUCCACCACUACCAGCACAACCACCACAACGGAGAAGAGUAGAAGUACCACCCCCACAACUACUGCUACGACUAAGUGGAGGACACCGCCGACCACAACACAGCCCUCCACGACCACCAGAAGAACCUCCACCGUCAGGAAGAUGCCAAGUGUGAGUGAGAUUCUGAACUCCCGCACUGAGGAGGAGGAGAAGAGAGAGGAGGACCUGGAGGAGAGCCGUUCGGAGACCACCCUGGGCAGCCUUUCAACGACUAAAGCAUACACGACGAAGACCACGACCUUGAGAACUAUUGAAGCAAAGCAGCGAGAGAACGACCAAGGCACCACGACCUCGAGGACAGUUGAACCGAGGCAGCGAGAGAAAGACCAGGGCACCACGACUUCGAGGACAGUUGAAGUAAGGGAGCAAGAGAACGACCAGGACACCAUGACCUCGAGGACAGUUGAACCGAGGCAGCGAGAGAAAGACCAGAGCACCACGACCUCGAGGACAGUUGAACCGAGGCAGAGAGAGAACGACCAGGGCACCACCACCACUACCACGCAAAGGGCCCUGGAGGAGGAGAUACAGAGCACCCAGAUUCGUGUGGCGACUGAAGCUUCGUCAUUAGAAAAGUUCCCGCCCUCCAACGUCAACAGGAAGUUCGUGAGACGCCCGCGACCUCCCCAGGACAGUGAGAACCCAGAGGGACUCUCUAGACCUUCAGGACCCCGUCGGCGCCGCCCUCUGAGACCUAGAAUCAAGCUGCCGCCACCCAUCACCUACCACAGGGCCUCCACUUCACCACCACAGGACACCUUCGCCUCUACCUCCACCACUACCACCACACAUCCUACUACGACCACUACCACCACACAGCGGCCACUUACCACCACAAUCACACUGACCUCAACAAGUACCCCACGUGUUGUCUUAACUACAACAACCACCACCACCACCACCACGCCGGUCCCCCCCACCGCCGCCACGACGAAAACCCCGGCACAGGUGGUGAUCGACAGCCUCACGGAAAUCAUGAAGCAGGCGACCAACACAAGCAGGAACAAGGACCGCGUGUACAACAUCACGGCGAAGCUGGAGAGCCUCAACCGACGACUGGCGGAGCAAGGUAUCCACAUCAUUCACGCCGAGGUGGAUGGCGAAAAGAUCAAGCUGGACAACAGGAUGAUAAUACGACCCAGACAGCCUCCAGUCACCACCUUCAGGCCCGCCACCUCCCUGCCAGCCUCCACCCUCCCGUCCCCGCGACCCUCAGCUCCAUCCGUAUCCACGUCCUUCUCCUUCUUCACGCCCUCAACGGAAGAAGACGCACAGGGCAAGCAGAUCCAGACCUCCAUCAGAUCCUCCUUCUCCUUCCACACCUCUCACUCCCCGGACACCGUGAACGAGGUGCAGACGACCACGGGAGACUCCACGCCUACCACCAACAAGCCUGUCGAGGCGAGGAAAUUCGACGAUAAGUCCUUCCUCGCCCCCUCCAGGCUCCCUACGGUGGUGGAGGGCGAGGAGCAGGCCAGAAACAGCUCAGACCCAAGGGUGCCCGAGUCUCCCUCCGUCAUUAUCAGCGGCAUGAGAUCUAGUUUAGACUCGGAGGGGCGUCGCGGGACAUCCACGCCCAUCCUCGCCACCGCCACCGUCCCCGCCACCGUCACCACCCGCACCAGGUCCACCACCGUGCCCGUCACCACACACCAGCCCGUCACCACGCCGUCCCUCCGCCUCCGCCCCACCUCAGGCUCCACGCACGAGGCAGAGGAUGGGUCUCAGCCUCCUGACGACCCUCGACCAUCUACCACUGUCCACCCGACCUCCCAUCACCGACCAACAUUCUUCCCGCCGCCAACCGACCACAGCCACGCCGACAGAACCCCGAAUCCUACACGCAUCCCGACCAUUAAGGUAGUGUCCAUCCUGAAGGGCGAGGAGGUCCCAGGAUCCCCCGCUACUGUAGAAGACGUCCUAGAGGAUGAUCUGCAGGUUCUGGAGGAUUCGCAAGAUCUAAAGGACACCCCAAGGGCCUCCUACACCGCCAUCUACGUCAUCAGUGUCAUCGGCGUCAUCCCAGCGGCCGGUCUCGCCUUCUUCAUUGCCCGCAGGUUCCUGAAGAAGACGCAGAAAGCGCUGCCGGAGAGUGAGGAGAGGGGAGAAGGGUUCACUCCCAUCACGCACCACCACUCCAGGAAGACGCAGUCCUCAGCCCACGCCACCACCAUGCAGGAGGGUGAGGGGCCUUCGUCAGUAGAGGCCAAGAACCCUCGCUUCACGCCCUGGGAAUUCCCGCGCUCCAAGCUUCGCCUCGCCUCCAUCCUGGGCCAGGGCAACUUUGGAGUGGUGUGGAAGGCGGAGGCGCGGGACCUGUGUGCGUGCGAGGGGUCCCAGGGCGGCCCGACGGUGCUGGUGGCAGUGAAGGGCGUGAAGGAGGGCGCCGGACAGAAGGAGAAGCAGGAUCUACUGAAGGAGCUGGCCAUCAUGCAACACUUGGGGCACCACACUAAUGUUGUGACGCUGCUCGGGUGUUGCACGCAGCAAGAGCCUUACUACGUCAUCAUGGAGUACGUGAUGUUCGGCAAGCUGCUCACCUUCCUGCGCGACCACCGCACGCGACAGAACUAUUACAACUUCUCCUCAGACACUGCGGCGCUCACCUCGCAGGACCUCACCCGCUUCGCCUGCCAAGUUGCCUCAGGGUGUGAAUACAUACAGAGCCGCGGGAUCAUCCACCGAGACCUGGCUUCCCGCAACGUCCUCGUCGACCACAACAAAGUCUGCAAGAUCGCCGACUUCGGGCUGGCGAGGAGCGUGAAGGACCUGGGCAGCGACAUCUACGAGCAGAAGAGCAGGGGAGCCUUGCCUAUUAGAUGGAUGGCCCCGGAGUCUCUCUAUAUGAGCAUCUUCACCCACAAGUCCGAUGUUUGGAGUCUCGGUAUUCUCUGCUGGGAGAUUGUCACUCUUGGCUCCACCCCGUACCCCGGCAUGACAGCACGGGAGGUGAUGCGGCGGGUGCGCGAGGGGUACCGUCUGGAGCGUCCCGAGCACUGCCACCAGGAGCUGUACCACAUCGUGACCCGCUGUUGGCACCAGGACCUCAACCAGCGCCCCUCCUUCACGGAAAUCAAGGAGGACCUGCAAGAACUCCUGGAGAACUCCCCGACUGGCUAUAUCGAUCUUGAAAACUUCCCCGAGAGCAGUUAUUUCUCCAUGCAUGAAAAUAACGAAGAGAAAUUGUAACGUGGACAUUUAUGACUUAUAUUCUGAAACACUUCUAGCCGCAACCCCUCUACUAUCGAAAGGCUCUAGUUGAAGUCACACGGGUUUUUAAGGGUGUUUUUAUGAUUUUAAUGACAGAUUGAUGAAACUGCUACAUUAUUAACAGCAGAAACACUCUUGAGAACCCGGCUGAUCAUCUCUGUAGCCUUUGAAAAUACUUGUGGCGAGAGAGCUAAGCGUUUCAGAAUAUGGGCCACUGACAGACGCGUUGCAUGAAAGGUGUAGUCAGAUGUGUCUAUUUCUCAGUCUUCUAAACUAAAUCCGUCUUAUCAUGUUUCUUGUAUUUUUUUGUAGUCAUUAUGUUAGUGUGAAGGUGUUGUGAUGUGUGUGUGUGUGUGUGUGUGUGUGUGUGUGUUGGCCCGCAGGUAUAAAGUUCAUAAGUAGGAUCCGUUUUCUAAAAGUUGAUUGAGCUCCUGAAGGUGGAGGAAGAAAAAACGAGGGGGAAGUUUCGGCGGAAAAUUAACUCUUGACACCUGUACUAGUUUACUUUUAACGUGGCUGAUAAAUUACCGUACGUCUUUUUCUGUGGCUGAGUAUACGAAAUUUAAAAGAAAAA